UAAAGCACGGACACAGGACAUAAGACUGGAACUCAAACGCGGACUGAGGGGGGAAUUUGGGGACAAUCAUGGCGGGGCUUGGAGUGAAGAGGAGGAAAGCGGGGCUCCCUGGUUUUUGCUGGAAAACCUGCUACUUUCAUAUUUUAUUCUGGGUUGUCUCGGUCUGUGGUGAAGAGAAGACGUUCAUCGUUGAGACAUGGCUGAAGAACUAUGGCUACCUGCUCCCCCAUGACAUCCGGACGUCGGACCUGCGGUCAGAGAAAGCCAUGCAAUCGGCAGUCGCUGCAAUGCAGCGAUUCUAUGGCAUCCCAGUGACUGGAAUCCUGGAUCAGACCACCAUAGAGUGGAUGAGGAAACCUCGAUGUGGCGUACCUGACCACCCCCACAUCAGCCGGCGGAGGCGGAAUAAACGCUACGCCCUGACGGGACAGAAAUGGAGAGACAGAAAGAUCUCUUACAGCAUACACAACUUUACCCCUAAAGUGGGGGAGAAAGACACGCAGCGAGCCAUACGGCAGGCCUUUGACGUGUGGCAGACGGUGACCCCACUGACUUUCCAGGAGGUGGCCUACUCCGAGAUCAAGAACGAGGGGAAGGAGGCCGACAUCAUGAUCUUUUUCGCCUCUGGAUUCCAUGGUGAUAGCUCUCCAUUUGACGGAGAGGGGGGGUUCCUGGCCCACGCCUACUUCCCGGGCCCUGGGAUCGGAGGGGACACUCACUUUGAUUCGGACGAGCCCUGGACACUAGGCAACGCUAAUCAUGAUGGUAAUGACCUUUUCUUGGUGGCGGUACAUGAGCUUGGGCACGCUUUGGGACUGGAGCAUUCGAAUGACCCCAGUGCCAUAAUGGCUCCCUUCUACCAAUACAUGGAGACACACAACUUCAAACUGCCCCUCGAUGACCUCCAGGGUAUCCAGAAAAUAUACGGUGUCCCUACAGCCAUGCUAGAGCCUACACGACCACUGCCCACCUUGCCCGCUCGCCGAACCCACCCCACCUCAGAGAGGAAACAUGACCGUCAGUCCCGCCCGCCACGUCUGCCCUCCGGUGACAGACCCUAUUUCCCCAAUGGCAAACCCAACAUCUGUGAUGGCAACUUCAACACCGUGGCCUUCUUCAGACGCGAGAUGUUUGUCUUCAAGGACCGAUGGUUCUGGCGACUGCGGAACAACGAGGUGCAGGAGGGCUACCCGAUGCAGAUUGAGCAGUUCUGGAAAGGUCUACCGCCCCGUAUCGACGCCGCCUACGAGAGAUCGGACGGCAAAUUUGUAUUCUUUAAGGGUGACAAGUACUGGUUAUUCAAAGAGGUGACUGCUGAGCCCGGGUACCCCCAGAGUCUGGUGGAGCUGGGUAACUGUCUCCCUAAGGAUGGCAUUGACACAGCACUGCGCUGGGAGCCCGUGGGCAAAACCUACUUCUUCAAAGGGGACCAGUACUGGCGCUACAACGAGGAGAAACGCAUGGCUGACCCGGGCUACCCCAAACCCAUCACUGUGUGGAAGGGCAUCCCCAAGGCGCCGCAGGGAGCCUUCGUCAGCAGGGAGGGCUUUUAUACCUAUUUCUACAAAGGGAAGGACUACUGGAAGUUUGACAACCAGAAGCUGACCGUUGAGCCCGGCUACCCCAAGUCUAUUGUCAAUGACUGGAUGGGCUGCCACCAAUCAGACAUGGAGAAGAACAAAGACCGGCAGCUUCCCCACGAUGACGUGGACAUCAUGGUGACCAUCAAUGACGUGCACAGCACUGUCAACGCCAUCGCUGUGGUGAUACCCUGCAUCCUGUCCCUGUGCAUCCUGGUCCUGGUCUAUACCAUCUUCCAGUUCAAAAACAAAGGGGUGCAACAGAACGCCACCUACUACAAACAUCCGGUCCAGGAGUGGGUAUGACAGGCUUAGGCAGCGUGCCGCCACUUACGAUAAGAAACUGCGUUGAGAGGGCUACAAAAACUUUGAGCACCAUGUGACCAGUGCCUGUCUUGCACAAACCCUUUGCGAGAAGGGAAGGAGGGGAAUUAAGUUACUCCCUUUCAUCCACUGUCAAGGACCUCUAGAUCAACAUCGCCAAAAUUUAGUAUGUUGAAUAUUAGCAUGAGGCGAUUCAUAGGACGCUGGGAGGCUUUGAGGGUAAGGACAGAGCACAGCAAAUCCGAUUGCUCUGCCUUUUGCGCCUCGUCUAUCUGUUGUCCAUUCUUAUCUGGCUGUUUCAGUGGGGGUUGUCACACAUACUUUACCUCGAUGGGACUCCCAUACACUUUUUCUCAGGGGGAGACAGAGGGGGAGCCUACCCUCACAUAGCCAGGUACCAGUAAUCUAUCCAGUAUCAACUUGUACAUGAACUUCAAGUAUUAUCAAGUCAAACAAGAUAUUUAAAGAAAAAAUGUAAACUUGAACAAAAAAUGUAGUAGAAAGGCCAUAGAAAAGAAUACCAAGGAUUUCUGUGGAUCAUUUAAUAUUUUCAGUUCGAGAGCUUGGAGUUAAUCAAGAGGAGAAACUUUGUACAUCGCAAAUGAUAAAUGUCUUCAUAGCCAGACCUCUGCCUCUAUCGAUGGACUCACCUAAGCUAGAGGACUGAGAAUGUAAUUAUGUCUGCUGAAGGACCGCCGCUAUACCAACAUCCCCCAGCACAGACUCCCUGCUCCUCUGCCUGGACCAAGGGGCGUAGGAGAGAGCGAGUUAGCAUUUAAAGACAUUGGUCACAGUUAUCUUUCUUAGAAUUAAACUUAGUUUUAUUUUUUAAUUUUUACAUGCCUCAAGGCGUAGAGGAGUACCUAUGGCCGUUUCCAUAGGCUAAGCAUGUCAGACCAACAUUGACUAGGCACAAUGAACUGCUGUUGAGGCAGCCUGAAUUCCACUCAUACCCCUCUUCAUUCCUCCUUAUUUCUCUCACUUUCUCUCUUCCUCCAACUGUGUCGUUCUCUCUUUAUAUACAGUGCCCUCCGUAAUGACUGGGAAAAUGAAGCAAUUUUUCUUCUUUUGUCUCUCUACACUUCAAAAGUUUGGAUUUGAAAUCAAACAAUGACUGAGGUUAAGGGGCAGACUGACAGCUUUAAUUUGAGGGUGUUUUCAAUCAUAUCGGGUGAACGGUUAAGAACUUACAGCACUUUGUGUACGUAUUCCCCCCAUUUUAGGGCACCAAAAGUAUUGGGACAAAUUCAUAUGUAUUAAAGUAGUAAAAAGUUAAGUAUUUGGUCCCAUAUUCAUUACACACAAUGGCUACAUCAAGCUUGUGACUCUACACAUUUGUUGGAUGCAUUUUCUGUUUCUUUUGUUUGUGUCAUUUUGGAGUCCGUUUUAUUUUAAAUAAGAAUAGAAUAUGUUUCUUGAAAGUUACAACUCACAAAUAUCAUACCCUCCCUAAAAAAAUGCUAACCCCCCCUGUUAUUCUAAUGGCGAGAGGUUAGCAUGGCUUGGGGGGUAUGAUAUUUGUGCAUCUGUAACUUUCUCGCUUUUCAUUAUUCACGAUUCAUACCCUCAAAUUAAAGAUGACAGUCUGCACUUUAACCUCAUAGUCAUUGUUUGAUUUCAAAUCCAAACUUUUGGAGUAUAGAGACAAAAAAAAAAUGCUUCACUGUCCCAAUCAUUGCGGAGGGCAUUAUAUCUAACACCCCACAUUUCAUUGAAAUGCUGUCCUCGUGAUCUAAUUUACAGUUUUGUUACUAACCUCACUUUCAAUAGGAAAGAUGUACAAUGGGGAAGUGAUGUUUAAAAGAAAGAUCCAGGUAGAGUCUUUUUGCACUGGGGUGCAUUGGUACACUGGAGUAAUUACCAUACUUUGUCUAUCUCUGUAGGGCAGGUCAGGAUUUCCUGAGUUCAGCUGUUUCUUACCCUGAUAAAAACAAAUACACAGAUGACCCAUGAUAAAAGCAAAGUUAUUUCAUACGUUCCAUUCAUUUCCCUGUAUUUCUAUUCACUACUUUUGCUACAGUAGAGAAUUGUCAUGUAUUCAUCUCACCCAGAUAAUAAUGUCAAUGCAGUUGCCAGGACUGAAACCAGAUAAUUUUUCCUGUACAGUAGGAAAUGCAAACGUAGUUUGAGGUUUUAAAAAGGCCUCUAAAGUUUGUAAUUUCCAGAAACAUCUACAAAAAUGUACUUUAAUUAUACUCCACAUAAUUCCCAUUUCCCAUUGCUGCAAGAUUAUUAGCCUGCUGUAGCAAACUGGCUCAAAUUAAGAUCCAAGAUUAAGAUCUGUAUAGUCCUUGAUACUGUAUUUUCUGACUUAAUUCUGACCCCAAUGGGGUUUGGUACCACACAUCAAACAUGUAGUCUUUAGAUUUUUUUAUUGACUUAAAAAAAAAAGAAUUUAAAUCUUAUUUGUACUUUUAUUUGCUGUUGAAAUGAUGUAUUAUCAUUAGCGAAUAUCCCGAUCUGGUUGUAUGUAUCCUAUCGAGCUAGUAAAUUUAUAUACAUUUUUUGCAAUCACAAAUAUGAGGAAUCGGUUGAAAGGAGACUUGACUUUGCCAUUUUGUCAUUGCAUUGACAAUCUGUCAAAUUGUUCAUUGUUGUUAAAAAGUUUUGCUUAUUUAAAUAAUGAAACAUGAUGUGACUAGUCUCAUUUAUACUGAACAAAAAGAAAUGCAACAUGGAACAAUUUCAAAGAUUUU